GUUCUGAUCCGUUCCGUCGUGUAUUUUUUGGUCGUUCGGCCGGUGCAGUUCCAUAUAAAUAUCGCUCUCUUUCCCCUCACAUCUGCCCACUAUCUGCCCAUCUCAACCAGAAUAUCUCAUAUUUCACCAAAACCCCCUUCUCCCCAUCACAAUGAAGCUCUCCGUCGCCGUUGCCUCCUUCCUGGCCGCCAGCGUCUCCGCCAGCUUUGACAAGUACCAGCCCUGGGGCAAGCGGGACUACUCCUGCGUCAACAUCUACCAGGGUAUCCCCGACAACUCGACCGUGGCUCCCGGCGCUGAGAUCGACCUGCGAUUCAACCGGGCCCCGACGACGCACUGCGCCGACCCCCUGUCCAAGUACGAGGCGGGCACCUACAGCGUCUGGCUGUACAACAACCCCGUGCGCAACCUCGACACCAUCUCCUUCGACCAGUCGCUCAAGCUGAAGACCGGCAUCCGCGAGUCCGACGGCGCCGUCACCGUCACCAUCCCCAACAACGUCACCGCCGUCAAGGACAGCUCCGUCUGGUACCUGCGUGUGGACACCUACCUUCCUAACGCUCCUCAGAUGCCCACUCUCUUCGACGCUGCCGGUCCCUUCACCAUCAAGGCGUAAAUAUCAAUAUAAUUGUACCCCCGCAUAAGGAUGGCUGACCGAAUGGUGUCCUUCCGAUUUAUGUAUACGUGAGCGAGUUGUCUGGUCUGCAUAUAAAGUAAAUAAUAAUAAUAAAAGAUCUUGACUAUCUUGAUUCCGCGAGCGAAGCCGGGGAAGAGUGGAC